GUACUCAUGGAGAAGAUGUUUCUAAGCUUCAAUGAGGGCAUCAAUGACAAGCUCCAGUUCGUUCAGGAGGAUGAAGCCGAGACGAUGGAGAUGCUCAAGAAGGACCUGCCUCUGCAGUAUACGUGGAGCGUAUGGGAACAAGUGACCUCGGAUGGGAAAGUCGACGCAAACUACUCGCAGAGGACGCAGAAGGUGGCAAGCUUCGGCACCGUCCAGGAUUUCUGGAGGCUGUGGAACCACGUGCCCCAACCCAGCACGCUGCUUGAAUCCAAGCGGAUCGUGCGGGAGCAGCACGACGGACUCCACGUGAUCGACGCGCUCAUGAUCUUCCGGGACAGCAUCCGCCCUGAGUGGGAAGAUCCAAUGAAUGCCAGAGGUGGCCACUUUCAGUUCCAGCUGAAGCCCAACGCAGGGCCAGGUCAGAUAGACGAGUAUUGGAACAACCUGGUACUUGGCAUCAUUGGCGCCACUAUCGAGCCGCCGAACAUGAUCACAGGAGUUCGGCUGGUAGACAAGCUCUCCGGGCCUCGGGCUGCUGGCGUGCUCCGAAUCGAGGUCUGGUUCACCGAGUCCGAUGAUAAGGACGCCGUCGGAGCGCUGCGGAAGAACGUCGAGACCUGUAUGGCACAAAAGCUGGAUGGGGGGAAGGGCACGCCCCCUCGCUGCGACACGAAGUUCCAUGCCUCGGGUAAGCACUGA